CCAAAGGGAUCCAUGAUUAGUGUUAUCUUCCGCUAAAUAAAGGAAUGUUUAUGACUUCACUUUUAGUUUUAUUUUGUUAUUAAAGAUAAUACUACAAAAAAGUCGGACCUUCGUUGUUGCUUUUUUUUCCUGAGAAAAAGCAUUCAGUAUGUCUGCGUCUGCUGUGUUCGUACUGGACCUGAAAGGCAAGGUGCUGAUAUGUCGCAACUACAAGGGGGAUGUGGACAUGUCAGAGAUUGACCAUUUCUUCCCUCUCCUCAUGCAACAGGAAGAGGAGGGGCUUAUCAGUCCCGUAAUAUCUCACGGCAGCGUCCACUUCCUGUGGAUAAAACAUAGCAAUUUGUAUUUGGUGGCCACCACCAACAAGAACUCCAAUGCCUCUCUGGUUUAUGCCUUCUUGUACAAGCUUGUUGAGGUAUUCACAGAGUACUUUAAAGAGCUCGAAGAAGAAAGCAUUCAGGAUAACUUUGUGGUGGUAUAUGAGUUGCUGGAUGAGCUGAUGGAUUUUGGUUUCCCUCAGACAACUGACAGUAAAAUCCUACAGGAAUACAUCACUCAAGAAGGCAACAAACUAGAGGUCGCUAAGUCCAAGGUACCCACAACAGUCACAAAUGCUGUAUCCUGGAGGUCAGAGGGUAUCAAAUAUAAGAAGAAUGAGGUCUUUAUAGAUGUCAUUGAGUCCAUUAAUGUGCUGGUGAAUGCAAACGGCAGCGUGAUGAGCAGCGAUAUUGUUGGCAGUAUCAAACUGAAGACAAUGCUGUCUGGGAUGCCUGAGCUGAGACUGGGUCUUAAUGACCGCGUGCUUUUUGCCCUCACCGGCCGAGACAAAGGGAAGACGGUGACAAUGGAAGACGUGAAGUUCCACCAGUGUGUGCGUCUCUCUCGUUUUGAGAGCGACCGCACAAUCUCCUUCAUCCCUCCCGAUGGAGAAUCUGAGUUGAUGUCGUACCGCAUCAACACUCACGUAAAGCCCUUGAUCUGGAUUGAAUCUGUCAUUGAGAAGUUCUCUCACAGUCGUGUUGAAAUCAUGGUAAAAGCUAAAGGGCAGUUCAAAAAGCAAUCAGUGGCAAACAAUGUAGAGGUACGAGUGCCUGUACCCAGUGACGCUGACUCCCCCAAAUUCAAAACCAGCACAGGACAUGCCAAGUACGUCCCAGAAAAAAACUUGGUCGUGUGGACAAUCAAAUCGUUCCCUGGGGGGAAGGAAUUUCUGAUGCGAGCCCAUUUUGGGCUCCCCAGUGUGGAGAAUGAUGAGAUGGAGGGAAAACCACCCAUCACGGUCAAAUUUGAAAUCCCCUACUUCACAGUGUCAGGGAUUCAGGUGCGGUACAUGAAGAUUAUUGAGAAGAGUGGCUACCAGGCCUUGCCUUGGGUCCGAUACAUCACACAGAGUGGAGAUUACCAACUGAGGACAAACUAAAAGUCUGGUCGUGCGUUCAAUUACUUAUUUUGAAACCUGCUCAAAGUUGUGUGCACAGAUGAAUUAACUGAUCAAGUGAAAUGCUGCUGUUGAAUUGCAUAAAUUCUAGAUAGAAAGAUAUAUGCAUACAUGGACAGAUACAGGUAUUUGACCUUUAUUGAUAUGCUGUGUCUUUAACAAAAUAGAAACAAUUCCCUUGCUCAGAUGCUUCUUUUAUAAUGUUUUAAGUAUUUUUCACUAAAUUAAUGGACAAAAUGUUUUCAGAUCGUGUUUAAUCUAAAUAAAUGGAAAACCAAAAGCUUUUCUGAUUACAACUGAAUUUUUAUGGAUGUUAGUGACAUCCUUUUUUUUCCUGGUUUACAUGAAAAAAAUGUAUGUUUCUGGACUUCUGUAUACACAUUAGGCUACAUGAUAUCUGUGAUCACAGCUUCGUUGCCUACAUGUCAAUUCAAUAAACAACCAAGU